UUUUUUCGGCAAAGACAAAGCACAGACUGUAAACUUACUGAACAAAAGAAACGAAUUAAAUGGUGUCUAUAUUUAAUAAUAAGUCAUCGACAAAAUAUGAGAUUGCACGAGCUGGAGAAAAACUUAUACUUACUUUACACAAGGCACCCAGAUCUACAAAUCAAUUUAGGUUCAUCUCGUUUAAAAAGCUGGUUUGGCAAAGUAGAAAAGUCGUCGUAUUACAUAGUUUACCAUCUACAUCUGUCUCUUUAUUCAUACCGAGUGGUUCGGCAAAUUCACUUGUGGCUGGAGAAGUUUUAAAACUCAUUCAAUGUAGUUGGAAAACAAUCAGCAAUAUUCUGUUGCCAAUCCCUACAACUGAGCCACCAGCUUCGUCUUCCAUUCUUCAGCUAAAUUCUUGUAAAAAGGGUUGUGAAUAG